AAGCGAGAAAAAAAAAAAAAAAAGAAGGCCGACCCUACACAAACAUUCCGCGCACAGCGAUAGCAAGUAGACAACACGGCAAAGGACCCAUUCAUGGACGUAAAUUAACACACAGCAAAAUCUAAUAGUAGACGGAUUGUAUUCCCGUUGAGAGCGGGUCAUGCUGUUCUCGCAAAGGUAAUGAGCCGUAAAGCCCCUGGGUCUCGGCUUAGCAGCGCCCACAAACUGCAGCGAAACUGGAAUGAUUGGCAGCCCAGAGGCGACAGCGUGUCUGCUAGCCAGGACGGUGUGAAGUACAGCGCCACCAGAGACUUUGGCCCAGCAGCUGCUGCUGUGUAUGACUCUGCACCCCCGGACCAGCCUGACUCCCCAGCGCUGCACAGCGAUGCCUACACACCUGCCGACACGCUGGACGAAGGGGGUGGAUAUGAAGCCGACACAGGUCUCAGUGAUAACACAUUUGGUUGGAAGUCGCUGGGGCAAGAGUUGAGGAUCAACAAUGUGACGACGGAUUUGACCCCUUUUCAGCAUGGAAACCGUGCUUUAGCUUCUAAGGACAUGAGGAAAUCACAGGACAGAGGCAUGGCUCACUCGGAGGAGUCCCGCCUGGCCAACCUCCUGCGCCGCGUGUCCCGGGAGGAGGACCGGGAUCGCAGGCUGGCCACGCUGCGACAGCUGAGGGACUUCAUCACCCACUCGGACAACAAAGUGGCCCUGGUGAAACAGCAGGACACCCUCCUCAGCACCCUCAACGAGAUCCUGAACGAGAGCAGCAAGCUCCUGUGGGAGCUGCGUCAGGAGGCCGCCAGCUGCGUGGGCCUGCUCUGCGCGGCCCUCAGCUACGAGGCCGAGCGCAUCUUCAAGUGGCUGUUUGCCAAGUUCUCCGCCUGCGGCCGCGACGACGUCAGGCUGCUGUACCUGCUGGCGGCGCACCGCGCCCUGGAGGCGGCCGGCGAGAGGAAGGCCUUCUCACCCGUCAUGCAGCUGGUGAUGAGCAGCCUGCAGUCCAUCCUGGAGAACCUGGACACCCCGGAGCUGCUGUGUCAGAGCGUCAGGUGCAUCCUGCAGGUGGCCCGCUGCUACCCUCACGUCUUCAGCACCAACUUCAGGGACACGGUGGACAUCCUGGUGGGCUGGCACAUCGACCACACCCAGAAGCAGGCGCUCACGGUCCAGGUGUCAGGCUGGCUGCAGAGCUUGGAGCAGUUCUGGGUGGCAGACCUGACCUUCUCCACCACCCUGCUGGGGCAGUUUCUGGAAGACAUGGAGGCGUACGCUGAAGAUCUGGGUCACGUGGGCUCCGGGGAGGCCACGGAGGAGGACAUCCCCCCGCCCACCGUGUCGCUGCCCAAGCUGGCCGCGCUGCUGCGGGUGUUCAGCACCGUGGUGCGCAGCAUCGGGGAGCGCUUCAACCCCCUCCGAGGGCCGCCCAUCACCGAGGCCUACGUCUCCGACAUUCUGAGCCGGGUGCUGGCGUGCGUGACCACGGCCAAGCAGGUGCUGUUCUCGGAGGCGGUCCUGACGGCGGGGAACGAGUGCGUGAGCGUGCUGCUGGUGAGCCUGGAGCCCGGGGCCCGGCUCAGCGAGGCCGUGCUCUGCUACGGCCUGGAGCAGCUGGACGCCUGCCGCUGCUGCGGCUCCCAGUACAGCCUGGCCGUGCUGGGCCUGGUCACGCUGAUUGUGGACCAGAUCAACAACAAGCUGCCUUCCUCGUUCGUGGAGAAGAUUCUGGAGCCCAACUCGCAGCUCCUGGAGCUCCGCUUUAACAGGGACAGAGAGGUGAUGGUGGCAGCGCUGGGCGUGUACCAGGCCGUGCUGAGCCUGAAGAACAUCCCCGUGCUGGAGGCUGCCUACAAGCUGGUGCUGGGGGAGAUGGCCUGCGCCCUGGCCAGCCUGCUGGCCCCCUUGGAUCCCACGGACCCUCCGGACCCUGACCCCCCGGCCCCCGGCCCCCACAUCCAGCACCCCGCCUUCGCCGGCGUCACCAUGCCCCCCGACCGCGCCCAGUUUGCCCUCAUCUUCAACCUCAGCGCACUGACCACCAUCGGGAACACCAAGAACUCCCUCAUCGGGAUGUGGGCUCUGUCCCCGACAGUGUUUGCGUUGCUCAGUCAGAACCUGCUGGUGGUCCACGCCGAGCUGGCCGUGUACCACCCUGCCGUCCAGUACGCCGUCCUCUACACCCUCUACUCUCACUGCACCAGACACGACCAUUUCAUCUCGUCCAGCCUCUCCUCCUCCUCCCCCUCCCUGUUCGACGGGGCGGUCAUCAGCACGGUCACCACGGCGACCAAGAAGCACUUCAGCACCAUGCUGGCCCUGCUGAGCUCCCUGCUGAGCAAGGAACACCUGGACCCUGAGGCCAGGAAGCUGCUGCUCACCUGGGCCCUGGAGGUUUCUCUGCUGAUGAAGAAGUCUGACACCUACUCCCCCCUCUUCUCCCUGCCCUCCUUCCACAAGUUCUGCAAAGGCCUCCUCUCCAACGCCCUGAAUGAAGAGCCCUCGGUGUGUCUGCAGACCUGCAGCAGCCUGCAGGUCCUCUCCGCCUCCCUGUCCACAGAGCUGCUGCAGAGGUGUGUGGACGUGUGUCGUGUCCAGCUGGUCCACUCAGCGGUGAGAGUGCGGCAGGCCUACGGCAAGCUGCUCAGGACAAUCCCCCUGGACGUCACCCUCAGCCACCACAGCCGCCCAGAGACGGGGGAAAUCUCCCUGGCCCUGCACCGCCACAUGAGCCGCGCCCCCAGCGCCACCUUCCACCCCCAGGACUUCAGCGACCUCAUCGGCUUCAUCCUGUACGGGGCGCUGCACCGCGGAGGGAAGGAGCCCUGGCUGGAGCGGCUGUACCACAGCUGCCAGCGGCUGGAGAAAGGCGAGGGCAGCGUGGCGGGGGGCGGCGGGGCGGGGGGCAGCGUGCCGCGGGCCCUGCUGAAGACUGAGGCGGCCCUGUGGCAGUGGGCCGUGUGGGAGGCGGCCCAGUUCACCGUCCUGGCCAAGCUCCGCACGCCGCUGGGGCGGGCACAGGACACCUUCCAGACCAUCGAGGGCACCAUCCGCAGCCUGGCGGCCCACAGCCUGAACGCCGACUCGGACCUCGGCCAAUGGAGCGCCGGCGACACGGACGACGGUCACCAUGCCAACCAGCUGCGCGUGGCGCUGCUGCUGCAGUUCCUGGAGGCCCUGGAGAAGUUGAUGUACAACGCCUACGAGGGCUGCGCCAACGCCCUCACUGCCCCGCCCAAGGGCAUCAGGACGUUCUUCUACACUAACCGCCAGACGUGUCAGGAUUGGCUGACGAGGAUCCGCCUCGCUCUGAUGAGAGUGGGGCUUCUGUCGGGCCAGCCCGCCGUCACGGUGCGCCACGGCUUCGACCUGCUCGCCGAGAUCAAGAACAGCAGCGCACAGGGUCCAGAGCUGGAGGUCCCCCUCAUGAUGCUGGUGGCGGCCCUGUGUGAGCUGCGCUGCCCUGAGGCCAUCCAGGGCCUGGCCGCCUGGAGCCUGGCCAACACGGGCAGGAGCCUGGCCUGGGUUGGCUCUGUGGCCCUGCAGGCGGGGGGACGGUUUGAGAAGGCAGCCCAGGAGUACCAGGACCUGCUGUCUGCAGUGACAGGCAUGGACUGCUCCGUCAAGAGCUGUGACCGCUCCCUGCUCAAGCUGUCUGGAGCCAGCAACAGCACCGCGGCCAGCCCCAAGCACACGGGCAACGGCGACGGGCGCAAGACGGUCCUCCUCAAGUCCAGCGACUGCUCUGGCGAGGUGCUCAGCUUCCUGGCCAACAAGGCGUGCGAGUGCUACGUGGCGCUGUGCGACUGGCCCGCCGUGCUGGAGUGGCAGGUCAGCGUCCUGGCCCUGAAGAAGGGCGCCGCCGCCGGCAACAUGGCCGCCGUGCAGCUCAAGACCGACUUCAACUACGUGCGGGCGCUGAGCCGCUUCGAGGACGGCGACUUCCCAGAGUGCCGAGCGCAGCUGGAGCUGUUGCCGGGCGACGACUACGGCCUGCUGAACGCUGCCGCCCCCAAGGACAAACUGGACCUGAAGAGGCUGCUCCCAGCAGUGUUGAGUCCAGACCCCUCAGAGCUGCAGAAGGCCAUCGAGGUGCAGCUGCUGCGGAGCGCCGUGGGCGCCAUGACGACAGCCAAUGACGAGCAGGAGCAGAAGGCCACGCCCUCCUCAGACACCCUGGUGCGCUACCUGAAACAGACGGGUCGCAUCUGCCUGGGCCCCCUGAGGAUCUCCACGCUGACGCUGGCCGACGCCCUGCCCACGCUGCCCACCCUGCAGCUGCACUGCUGUGCCGCCCUGGAGAACGUCCUCACCAGCCAGGAGGACUGCCUGGUGCCUCUGUACAGCGAGGCUCUGAGCUCCUGCAAACAGCAGGACGUGCAGCCCUGGCUCCACGCCCUCCGGUACACCCUGUUCCAGAGAGAGCUGCUGCUCAAGCUCAAAGGUUCCUCAGCUCCGGUCGACGGCCACCUGACGGAGCUGUGUCUGACGGCCGUCAAGUUCGCCCGCAAGCAGGGCAACAUCGCCCUGGCCACGCGCCUCCUGACCCAGUGCGACGAGGAGGGCGAGGGCGACGCGCUGAGCCGGGCCUUCCGCCGCCUGUCCCUAGAGGGCGCCGCGGGGGAGAGGUGGGCCCCGGAGCUGCAGAUGGAGAAGGCCAAAGUGCUCUGCACGGCAGGUCAGUCCAUGGUUGCCAUGGAGAUGCUGAGCUCCUGGUGCCUGUCCUACUGUCGCUCGGGGAAGUGGGAGCGGGCGGCGUGCCGCUCGGUGCUCACGCUGUGCAAGUGGCUGCUGGCUGACUGGAAGGACCUGACCCCGCAGCUCAAACAGGUGGUGAAGAGGGCGGGGGGCACCUCUGCUGCGAGCCUGUCUCCCCUCAGCAGAAACAUCUCCGCCCUGCUGGAGCUCCCCCUGGUGGAGCAGGGCAUGCCCCGCAUCACCGCAGAGACCACCGUGAGUGUGGGUGUGGGCGAGGCUGACUUUGUCCUGGGCCAGCUCUACCAGCUGUCCACCAGCCAGGCUCCUGAACUAGCCAAGUCCUGGGCCGCCCUGGCCAGCUGGGCCUACCGCUGGGGCCGCAAGGUGGUCGACAACGCCAGCCAGGGGGAGGGCGUGCCCCUCCUGUCGGGGGAGAAGAGGGACAUCGAGGCGCUGCUGCCGCCCGGCGUGUCGGAGGAGGACAAGGAGACCAUGUUCAGCAUCCUGGGACAGGCCAUGUGCAGGCCCGCUGGCAUCCAGGACGAGGACCUGGGCCUGCAGCAGGAGGAGGCCGAGGAGGAGGACGACAUGGUGGACGUGAUCUGGCGCCAGCUGCUGGCCUCGUGCCCCUGGCUGGCGGAGGCGGGCGAGCCCGUCACCGAGGGCCUGAUCCGCGUGUGGCGCCGCGUGGUCGACCGCAUCUUCAGCCUGUACCGCGUGGCCUGCCGCGCCUACUUCACCUUCCUCAAGCUCAACGCCGGCCAGGCGCCCGUCGACGAGGACGACCCCAAGCUGCUGCUGGCCAACCAGGGCAGCAAGCAGAGCAACGACGACGUGAUCGUCAUGGCGACGCUGCGCCUGCUGCGCCUGCUGGUGAAGCACGCCGGCGAGCUGCGGGAGGGGCUGGAGCUGGGGCUGGCCUCCACCCCCACCGCCCCCUGGAGAGGCAUCAUCCCCCAGCUGUUCUCCCGUCUCAACCACCCCGAGGCCUACAUCCGGCAGAGCAUCUGCAGCCUGCUGUGCCGCGUGGCCGAGGACUCGCCCUACCUCAUCCUCUACCCGGCCAUCGUGGGCUCCCUCUCCCUGGGGGGGGAGGCCCACAACUCAGGCAGCAAGCUGCCAUCGGCCCUGCCCACCUUCCUGGGCAGCAUGCAGGGCGAGGGGCUGGGCGAGGAGGGGCUGGGCGAGGAGGGGCGCUCCCCGAGCGGGGCGUCGUCCCAGGGGAGCGAGGAGCUGGUGCCGUGCUCCAGCCAGGACCAGGCCAUGAUGCAGGACUGCUACGGCAAGAUCGUGGACAAGCUGUCGGCCGCCAACCCCACCAUGGUGCUGCAGGUGCAGAUGCUGGUGGGGGAGCUGCGCCGGGUGACCCUCCUGUGGGACGAGCUGUGGCUGGGCGUGCUGCAGCAGCAGCACAUGCACGUGCUGCGCCGCGUGCAGCAGCUGGAGGACGAGGUCAAGAGGGUGCAGAGCAACAACACGCUGCGCAAGGAGGAGAAGAUGGCCAUCAUGCGGGAGAAACACUCGGCCCUGAUGCGCCCCGUGGUGUUUGCCCUGGAGCACGUGCGCAGCAUCACGGGCGCCCCGGCCGAGACGCCGCACGAGGCCAGCUUCCAGCGCGCCUACGGGGACUCCCUGCUCGCCGCCCUGGAGCGCCUCCGCAGCCCGCACAACCCCGCCAACCCCGCCAGCAGCUGGCUCCCCUUCAAACAGAUCAUGCUGAGCCUCCAGCAGAGAGCCCAGAAGAGAGCCAGCUACCUGCUGCGCCUGGAUGAGAUCAGCCCCCGCCUGGCCUCCAUGGCCGCCACCCAGAUGGCCCUGCCGGGGGAGGUGACGGCCAGCGACGCCAUCACCAUCCAGAGCGUGGGCAGCACCAUCACCAUCCUGCCCACCAAGACCAAGCCCAAGAAGCUGCUCUUCCUGGGCUCGGACGGACGCAGCUACCCCUACCUGUUCAAAGGUCUGGAGGACCUGCACCUGGACGAGCGCAUCAUGCAGUUCCUGUCCAUCGUCAACACCAUGUUCACCAAGGUCAACCAGCAGGAGAGCCCCCGCUUCCACGCCCGCCACUACUCGGUGACGCCGCUGGGCACGCGCUCGGGCCUCAUCCAGUGGGUGGACGGCGCCACGCCGCUGUUCGGCCUCUACAAGCGCUGGCAGCAGAGGGAGGCCGUGCUGCAGGCGCAGAAGGCGCAGGACUCGUUCCAGCAGCAGGCCCCGGCCCUCCCCCUGGUCCCGCGGCCCAGCGAGCUGUACUACAGCCGCAUCGGGCCGGCCCUGAAGGCGGUGGGCCUGACCCUGGACGUGUCGCGCCGCGACUGGCCCCUCGCCGUCACCAAGGACGUGCUCAAGGAGCUGAUGGAGGCCACGCCCCCCAACCUGCUGGCCAAGGAGCUGUGGUGCUCCUGCGCCACGCCCAGCGAGUGGUGGAGGGUGACGCAGGCCUACGCCAGGUCCACGGCAGUCAUGUCCAUGGUGGGCUACAUCAUCGGCCUGGGAGACCGUCACCUGGACAACGUCCUCAUCGACAUGACGACCGGGGAGGUGGUGCACAUCGAUUACAACGUCUGCUUCGAGAAAGGGAAGAGCCUGCGUGUGCCAGAGAAGGUUCCGUUCAGGAUGACCCACAACAUCGAGACGGCCCUGGGCGUGACUGGGGUGGAGGGAAUCUUCCGGCUCUCCUGUGAACAGGUGGUGCAGAUGAUGCGCAGGGGCCGGGAGACCCUGUUGACCCUGCUGGAGGCGUUUGUGUACGACCCCCUGGUGGACUGGACGGCCGGCGGGGAGGUGGGCUUUGCGGGGGCCGUGUACGGCGGCGGGGGCCAGCAGGCGGAGAACAAGCAGAGCAAGAGGGAGAUGGAGCGUGACAUUACGCGCUCGCUGUUCUCCUCACGCGUGGCCGAGAUCAAGGUGAACUGGUUUAAGAACCGCGAGGAGAUGCUGGCCGUGCUGCCCCAGGUAGAGGCGGCGGUGGGUGAGUACCUGGGCCUGCACCAGCUGCUGUCCCAGGGGGAGAAGCUGCAGGCCAAGCUGCUGGAGGAGACGGCCUUCCUGGAGGGAGCCGACAGCCAGCCCGACCACGCCGUCCUCACCCUGGAGCACCGCUCCUCUGAGCACACCCAGCUGCAGUGUCGUCAGCGCACGGUGCAGGAGGCCGUCCAGGGCAAGCUACAGGACCUGGAGCAGUGCAUCUCCCAGUACCAGGCGGCCUUCACCAGCCUGGAGGCCACGCAGCUGGCCAGCCUGCUGCAGGACAUCAGCAGCCCCAUAGACCUGGGCCCACCCAGCUACGUCCCGGCCACGGCCUUCCUGCAGAACGCGGGCCAGGCCCACCUGAUCAGCCAGGUGGAGGGCCUGGAGGCGGAGGUGGGCUCCCUGCUGCAGCAGCGCCGCGGGGCCCUGCGCGGCUGCCUGGAGCAGCUGCACAGCUACGCCACGGUGGCGCUGCUGUACCCGCGCGCCACGCUGCUGCGCCACAGGGCCCACCAGUGGAAGCAGUGGAUGGAGGAGCUGCUCCGCGACAUGACGGUGGAGCACUGCCAGCAGACAUACAGGCAGUACGAGGCCCUGUUCUCCCCCCAGCCCCCGCCGGCGACCUGCCAGUUUGUGUCGUCCGUGGAGCUGGCCCUGCAGCGCCAGGCCUCCGACACCAACGGGCGCGUCCUGCGCCAGGCGGAGCGCGUCAAGGCCGAGGGCGCCUCGCCGCAGGCCUGCGAGGAGCAGCUGCAGGAGAUCGAGCGCUGCAUCGGCGUGUUCCUCCGGGAGAACCCCGAGCAGGGCUCCCUCAGCCUGGCCGGGGUCCUGGUAUCCGCCCUCUGCACCCUCUCCAGACGCAGCCUGGUGAUGGAGGGCGCGGCGGGCAGUGCCGGGGAGCAGCUGGUGGAGCUAACGUCCCGGGACGGGGCCUGGUUCCUGGAGGAGCUGGGCAGCAUGAGCGGCAACGUGACGGCCCUCUGCCAGCUGCUGCAGCGCUGCCCCCUCCUGCCCCACGACCUGGACCUGCCCGCCCCUGCCGACACCGCCAGCACCCUGUACCUGGCCAACGCUGUCUACACCUGCCUGCAGGAGCUGAACACCAACUUCCGUCAGAUCAUCUUCCCCGAGGCGCUGCGCUGCAUGCUGAAGGGCGAGCCCACCCUGGAGGCCAUGCUGUCUGAGCUGGACCUGCUGGUGGAGCAGAGCGCCGACGGGGUCUCCCUGCAGGGGCUGGCCGACGCCCUGCACGCCCACCUGGCCGGCGCCGCCAUGGGCCUGGAGGAGGACGACAGCGGCCACUGCCUCCACGUCACCAGGCUGCUGCGGGCCCAGUACUCUGAGCUGAUCCAGCCUCGCACCCUGGAUCGGCCCGGCCACGACACGCCCAAGAUGUCGGCCGGACAGAUGCUGCUGGUGGCCUUCGACGGCAUGUUCGCCCAGCUGGAGGCGGCCUUUGGACAGCUCACUGAGAAGCUGGCGUCCCUGGAGGUGCCGUCGGCGUGGCGCAAGGUGGACGUGCUGUGGGAGGCGCGGGCGGCCCAGGCCCACCUCCUGGACAGCCCCGCCCAGCGGCACGUCCUGGACAGCCCCGCCCAGCGGCACGUCCUGGAGGAGGUGUUCUUCAUCGCCAGGCUGCAGACCAUCCGGGACUUCUUCAGGCUCUGCUGCUCCUUCGCCCAGACGCUCGCCGGCACCUGCCCCCCAGCAGGGGAGGACCCCGGCCCCCCCAACGGGCCCGUGGGCCUGGGGAAGCCCCUGUACCGGGGACCCGUGGCGGGGGCGGCGGCGGUGGUGAGCGAGGAGCAGAUGAGCAGGCCCAUCAAGGCCUUCACGGCCGAGUUUGUGCGUCAGAUGCUGAUGGGGCUGCCCACCCAGGCGCUGGGCCUGGCCCUGUGCAGCGCCCUCUCCGGCCUGGGCCUCGACCUCAUCAGCCAGGUGGAGGCCAAGGACUUUGGGGCCGAGGGCAAGGUGAGCCUGGACGAGCUGUGUAAGAAGGCGGUGGAGCAGGGCAUGGCGGCCGGCCGGCUGUCCCAGCUGCUGCUCAACCGGGCCACCGUCCUGGCCUCGUCCUACGACACGGCCUGGAAGAAGCUGGACAUGGUGCGGCGGCUGGAGGCCGGCCUGGAAGCCGCCCAGCUCAGCCUUCAGAGGACCCAGCUGCACAUCGCCAUGUUCCAGUGGCAACACGAGGACAUCCUGGGCCCUCAGCCCAUGAGCGUGAGCCCCCCUCCUCGCUCCAUCAUCCUCAGCAGCAUGAAGAAGAAGAUGUACAAGCUGAGCCAGGACGAGGCGGCCAUCGCCGCGGUGCAGGAGAAGCUGGCGGUGCUGGAGGCCAGCAUCGAGCAGCGCCUCAAGUGGGCCGGAGGAGCCAACCCCGCCCUGGCCCCCGUGCUGCAGGACUUUGAGCUGACCAUCAGCGAGCGCCGCGCCCUCGUGACCCGGGAGAGCCAGCGCACCAGCCAGGUGACCUUCCUGUGCUCCACCAUCCUGAGCUUCGAGGGGCUGCGCACGCGGACGCCCGAGGCCCUCAGCAUGGACGCCGCUCUCUUUGAGCUGCUCAAGCGCUGCCAGCAGACCUGCUCCUACGCCGCCCAGUUCAACACUAGCGUGUCCCCCCUGGAGCUGCAGCUGCUGCACCGGCUGGGCCCGGCCGUGGACCUGCCCAUCGGCAGCCCCGCUUGGCUGGCGUGCGCCCAGGAGCAGCUGGCCCAGGAGCUGUGCUCCCAGCGGGCGGCGCAGGCGGAGCGCGAGCAGCAGCUGGAGGCGGCGGGCGAGGCCCAGCAGCUGCUGGUGGACGCCAUCAAGGGCAUCCUGUCCAGCCACAACCGCCAGCUGGCCGACGUCAAGCACCUGCUGAGGGCCAUGGCCAAGGACGAGGAGAACGCGCUGGCGGAGGGCGAGGACGUGCCCUACGAGGGCAGCGUGCGGCAGUUCCUGUCCGAGUACAAGGCGUGGCAGGACAACAUGCAGAUGGUGCUGUUCACCGUGGUGCAGGCCUCGGGCCAGCCGCGCUGCCCCGACCAGCUGGAGCUGCUGCAGGAGAUCCCCGCCACGCUCAAGGAAUUGCACGCCCAGAGCCAGAGCGUGUACAACGGCCUGGUGGGCUUUGCGUCUCCCCUGGUGACCGAAAGGGCCGGCGACUGUGCCAGCCCCACCUCCACAGCUCAGAGCAGCUUCGCUGCGGCUGUGCGAUGCACCAGCGCCAAGACCCAGCCGGACUCCAUGUCCCAGAACGCCCGCAAGCCCCUCCUUUCCCGUAACCUAGACACCCCCGCGGACACCCCGCCCAGCACGCUGGUUCUGACCACCAAAGGCAUGAACCCCAGCCCCAAGCGGGCCGUGCGGGACCCCAAGACGGGACGAGCUGUCCAGGAGAGGAACUCGUAUGCGGUGAGCGUGUGGAAGAGGGUAAAGGCCAAGCUGGAGGGCCGAGAUGUAGACCCCAACCGGAGGAUGAGCGUCACGGAGCAGGUGGACUAUGUCAUCAAGGAAGCCACCAACAUGGACAACCUGGCCCAGUUGUACGAGGGCUGGACAGCCUGGGUGUGAUUGGGGACACGGCUCAAUCUCAUUGGUCCAGCGCCGGGUUAGACAUCCAACCAGAAUCCACCAGGGUCUGGGCGACGGGAGCUGCGCAGCACCCAAUGUGCCGCAACCAAUCGGGGGAAGGCUGGGGAGGGCGGACGCCUAGACCACCCACCCCCCCCUCAACUUCUGGGGGCCCACCUGGGGCACCCGUGGCAACUGCUGCAACUACCACUGUCUCCCCCACCCCCCCUCCCCCUCCCCAGGGUGAUCCAGCUGACCCAACGCUAGUGGGGGGGGGGUUUGCACCCGUAUCCCGUACGGUGUUUGAAAAUGGGGGAGCUGUCCAAGACGGGGGAUGAGGGAGGGCGGGGGGAGCGGGGGGAGGUGGGGUUGACAAAAGCACCCCCCCUCCCUGCUUUGAACCAACGCUUUCCCCACCCCCCCACCCCUGAGAUCCAUCAUCCACGGUCCGCUCAGGAUUGCCCCAGUUGAUAAAACAAACAGACACGUCUGUCCUGCCACAGGGGGAUUGAGCAAGGAAACAGGACAACCUUAUGUGGACACAGGCCUAGCCUUGUAAACAUUGUCUACCUUUAAGAGCAAAGAUGAUUGGUCUGGACCUUGGAAGGCAGACCUGGGCAGGGAUCUAAGAGGCUUCCCAGGGGGCCAGUUGUCUGUUCCUGUUUUUCUGUAUGCUUUCCCUGUUGGUAAAGUUAUUCUGAUUGGGCCAGUGGCAGGUCUACGUGUGAUGUGAUUGGGCAGUGUGGUGUGGGUGGGUGGGAGAAUCCAUAAGCUCAAUGGACCCCAUCUUGAAGCCUGAGAGAAAUUGUAUUUCCAGGAGGAAAAGACGGUGGGAUCAACUUUCUCCUCAAACAUUUAUCAUAAGGAUGAGAAAAAAAAUAAACUACUUAUUUUACACUUUCCGAAUGUUUAUCGCACCAAAUUUCACUAAUUGUCAGGAAAUGGAGAUUCACUGUCAUGUGUUUUUGAUUGUCUUUGGCACUGCAUAUGAUGUGCUUCAAGUAAACAGAACAUACCGUCUGAAGUUCAAUUUUUGGGUUGAUUUCUGAACGGACUAAGAGGGACAAAAUGGACUGUGUGGAGAGAGGAGAGAUUGAGGGAAAUCGUUUUUUCAUAUCUAUUUUCCUUAAAUGUGCAGCUUUAAUCUCUGUGUCAUAGGUUUUUCUCUUGACCCUUCUUUGAGAAUAACCUUUAGAAUAGAUUGCUGCCUUUUUUGACUUGCCUGUACGAAGCUUCAACUCUCCCAAUAUGUAACCCCCCCCCCCCCUCCCCUUCCGAAGCUUGCGUUUUACUAAUCUUGACUUUCUAGUUUUACAUUUUUAGUAGGAGAAAUGCAUUAAGAAAUAGUGAUUUUUCGGUGGUGGUGCAAACUGUUAUUUCUUAAGAUUUUAUUCGUUUCUGUUUGAUGCCAAAUAAACUUGGAUUUAAAAAGACA